GGCUCAAGCUUCAAGCCUACCAGUCCUCUUCGCUCACAGUCUACGAACGUCCAUGUUGGCAUUUGUACGGCCGUGCCAGGAACGGCCCGCCCAUGGUGCCAGUGUCCAGCAGGGUGCGUCCUCAGGAAAGCCGAUCCUGGAGGGUUCGCAGGGGGAUGAGUCAGAGGGAAUUGGUGGCCCAAUCAUUUCUCCUCGAUCCCAAAACAGGGGUUAGGGUAGGGGGCUGGACCAACUCCGUCUGCCUCCACUCCCUCCGAAGCCCUCCAGCAAUCUCCUGCAGCUUCUCUCGAAGCUGCCGCCAAGAGCCAAGGACAAACGAAGCAGUGGAGCGCAGCGCUGCACACGCUCCAGGCCGCCCUGCGGUCGCGCAUGCAGGUCAGUGCCGUCGCCUACAAUGUCGCUCUCGGCGCAUGUGGGAAGGGCAGGCAGUGGCAGAAGGCUUUGAGUCUGCUCAGCGAGCUGCAGGAAGCGGUGUUGAAGCCAGACGGAAGCAGCUACACCGCUGGAAUCAGCGCCUGCCAAGCAUCCGGGCAGUGGCAGCAUGCGAUGCUGUUGCUCGGAGAAAUGUUGGAAGCAAAGCUGGAGCCAAAUGUAAUCACAUACAGUGUCGGAAUCAGCGCAUACGGGAAAGGCGGGCAGUGGCAGCGCGCGCUGUCACUACUCAGCGAGUUCUCAGGAAUCAGGCUUGAGCCAAAUGUCAUCAGCUACAAUGCUGGAAUCAGCGCGUGCGAGAGAGGUUUGCAGUGGCAGCAGGCGCUGGCAGUGCUGAGACAUAUGAAGGACUCGAGCGUGGAUCCCGACCUCAUAAGCUUCAGCGCUGGAAUCAGCGCUUGCGAAAAGGGGGGACAGUGGCAACUAGCUCUGUCGCUGUUCAUCGAACUGUUGGGGGAGAAGUUGGAGCCCGACGUCAUCACCUUUAGUGCUGCAGCCAGCGCUUGCGAGAAAGGAGCGCGGUGGCAGGAUGCGCUGUGGUUGCUCAGCGGUUUGGUGAGGGCGGGAUUGAAGCCAGAUGUCGUCAGCUACAGUGCUGGUAUCAGCGCGUGCGAGAAAGCUGGGCAGUGGCAACAUGUGCUGCUGUUGUUCAGGGAGUUAGGGGCUUCAACGUUAGAACAUGAUAUCGUUUGCUAUAGCGCUGGCAUUCGCGCGUGCGGGGGAAGCGGACAGUGGCAGCACGCACAGGCAUUGUUGAGGGAGGCGUCGGAGGUAACGCUGGAGCUGAACAUCAUCUGCUACAACGCUGGAAUCAGCGCAUAUGAGGUGGCUGGGCAGUGGCAGCGUGCAGUAUCGAUGCUCAGCGAGGCGUGCCAGGCGAACUUGAAGCCAGACUUAAUUAGCUGCAAUGCUGGAAUUAGUGCAUGUGGAAAAGGCGGGUGCUGGGAGCAGGCGUUCUUAGUGCUCAGCGAUUUGCGAGCGUGGAAGCUGGAGCCAGACGUCGUAAGCUACAACGCUGGAGUCAGUGCUUGCGAGAAGUGUGGGCAGUGGCAGCGCGCGCUGUCAUUCAUCGACAUGUUUUCGGAGGUGAAGCUGGAGCGUGAUGUCAUCAGCUACAAUGCUGGAAUCAGCGCGUGCGAGAAAAGUGGACAAUGGCAACAUGCGCUGUCGUUGCUUCGGGAUAUGUGCAGGUCGACGCUACAGCCAGACGUGAUCAGCUUCAACGCUGGUGUGAGCGCGUGCGAGAAAGGCAGGCAGUGGCAGCAGGCGCUGCUGCUGCUCAGCACGAUGGCGGAGGUAAGACUGGAGCCGGACGUCAUCAGCUGUAGCGCUGGAGUCAGCGCCUGUGAGAAGGAUGGGAAAUGGCAGCAUGCUUUGUCACUGUUCUUUGCUUUCAGGGAGUCGGAUACGAUACCAAACUCAAUCAGCUACAAUGCUGCAAUCAGUGCGUGUGAUAGUGGGGGGCAGUGGCAGCACGCGUUGUCACUGCUCAGCGAGCUGAGUCUAGAGUCGGAGUGUGAUCUCGUCAGCUACGUUGCCUGCAUGAGCGCGUGCGGGAGAGGUGGACAGUGGCAGCAUGCAAUGCUUCUGCUUUGCAUGCUGCGGGAGUCGAAGCUGGAGGCGAAUACCAUCUGCUACAAUGCUGGUAUCGCUGCUUGCGGGGAAUCUUCGCCAUGAGGAAAGCCGUUCUCAGGGAAACGGGGCUUACACUCCAGGGCUCUCCCAAGGAACAGCUCUUCAUCCUGAGUCCUGGCUGGACGGUCCCGGGGCCCGUGGAGGGCCCCGGAAGUUUGAAGACGGCGAGAAAUUUCCAGGGCCCGUUUCCCUCGGAGCCCGUCUUUUUCAUGAUCAAAUGUUGGCGGUGGCAGCACGCAUUCGGAUUGCUCAGCGAGUUGCUGGAGGCGGAGCUCGAGCCAGACGUCAUCAGCUACACGGCUGCCAUCAGCGCGUGCGACCAAGGGGGGCAGUGGGAGUUGGCGUUGUCGCUGUUCCUGGAGAUGUUGGACGUUGCAUUAGAAGCAGACGUCAUCAGCUACAGUGCCGCAGUCGGCGCGUGUCAGAAAAGCGGACGCUGGAUGCAGGCGCUGCUGCUGCUCCACGGCAUGCUUGAUGCUAAGCUAAUGCCGAACUCAUUCACCUACGCGGCUGCGGUCAACGCAUGUGAUAAUGGUGGACAGUGGCAACAUGCUCUGCUGCUGCUGGGCGAGCUGGGGGAGUUGGAUGUCACCACCUGCACAUCCAGGAUCAGCAUGUGCGAGGAAAAGCGUCAGUGACAGGAUGCGCUGUGGUUACUGAGCGAGCUGUGCGAGGGGAAAGUAGAAGCAGGCGUUGCCAGCUACCCUGCUGGAAUCAGGGCGUUCGAGAAAGGCGGGCAAUGGCAGCACUUGCUGACAAUCUUGAGCGAGCUACAGCAACCGCAGGCGGCACUGGCCAGAUCUCGGUGCAGUGCAGGGGCCAGCCCUGCGUUGUAGUCUUUCGCUGGCGCAGUGUUCCCAGCUCUGUCCAUAUUUGGAGGUGGGCGCCCUCCUGAUCACAUAUUGUGGGAGGGUUUGGGAGACGACGCAUGUCACGGGCUUGGGUGGGGAGUUGGGAGGGAACUGCACACGUGUGUGGGCCAGCUCGUGCAUACGGUGGCGAAGUUGAUG